UAUAUAUGACAGCACUGCACGCUAGUUAAUGAUGCUUUUAAAAAUGUCCUUUAUCUUAGCUGGAGAAAAUGGUGAAACUUUAGACUUCAGCGCUUCUCUCCUACUAUUCUGCUUUUCUAUUUUUUCUUGCUGCUAAUUGGAUUAAAAGCUCUUUUGGCUUCUAUGGCAUCCGGUGAGGAGAUUACUGUCUGUGACGAUGAAGUAAGGUCUCGGUACAGCCACUUAGAGAAGAUGACAGAUUUGGUGGCUGUUUGGGAAGUAGCUUUAAGUGAUGGUGUUCAUAAGAUUGAAUUUGAACAUGGGACCACUUCAGGAAAGCGUGUUGUCUAUGUUGAUGGAAAGGAAGAAAUAAGAAGAGAAUGGAUGUUUAAAUUAGUGGGUAAAGAAACAUUCACUGUUGGAGCUACUAAAACUAAAGCUGCUAUUAACAUUGAUGCAGUCAGUGGCUUUGCAUAUGAAUAUACUUUGGAGAUCAAUGGAAAGAGUCUCAAGCAGUAUAUAGAGAACAGGUUAAAAACAACCAAUACUUGGAUAUUGAACUUGGGAGGUACAGACUAUAGAAUUGUUCUAGAAAAGGACACUAUGGAUGUGUGGUGCAAUGGUCAAAAAAUGGAAACAGCGGGUGAAUUUGUGGAAGAUGGGACUGAAACUCACUUCACUGUUGCUGAUCAUAGCUGUUGCAUUAAGGCUGUCAGUAGUGGGAAACGAAAGGAAGGAAUUAUUCAUACCCUUAUUGUGGACAACAGAGAAAUCCCAGAGGCUGUGGAAUAGCCUCUGGUUAACUGAUUAUGGUAGGACUAAGAUCAGGAAUUUUCAAUUACUGUGGUAAUUAUUUUAAUAUGUACUACUUGGUACAUCUAGUUUGUGCUGGGUUUAUUUUCUAGUUUCUGUACACAAAAUUAUUCUUUUUGAAGACCAGAUGAAAAUAAUUAUGUACAACCUCUUACAUUACCAGUUUUUUUAAAAAAGCUAUAUAUAUCUAGAAUGUAUAGCAUAUCACUACAUGUGGAGAACACUGGCGAAAUAGAAAUUAUACGUCAGGAAAAAUCAAGCUAUAAUAAAAUGAAAGAUAAAUAUUCAGUAACACUGAAUCAAUCCUUAACUGCAGGUGUAUGUGGAGGGAAGAGAAAGCCUGUACUGGGCACAGGAGUAAGAUGUUAAAAGCUUUCUCUAUAAUUAUUUUUUCUAUUAAACUGACUACAGACCUUUUCACAUACAGUUAAGGGGAAUUACAUAGUUAAUAAAAAGGUUAAUGAAUGAAGAUUAAAUUAUGAAAUACAUAGUUACCAAUACUUGUGUUACAGUAUUAAAUUAAUACUGACUUAUGAAAACUGUUCUCUAUUCCCACUUAGGAGCAAGAUGUUACAUUGUGCCAAAAAUAACAUUCCUUUCGGUGUUCUGAAAACUGAUGCUGUAGUUCAGAAACUCAUUACUGAGUUUUUUCAAAAAAGACAAUAGAAGAAAAAUAAAUUCUUACCAUGAAACCCCUUUAAAAAUAUAUCUUGAAGCAUGCUGACAUAAGAACUUACCUUUGUUCAGUGCUAACAAAUCUUAAAUCUACAACUAUCUGUUUUUAUGGCAGUAAUGUGGGAAUCUAGAAAUAUGAGGAACAAGGGGACAGAAAUGGAAAACAAUUGGAUACUUUAAUGGAAUCGUUAAAAUAGGAGUAGCCUAAUUCUAGUCAGAAUUGCAGCAUAAUUUCUAAGAGCAACUUUUGGACUUCUUGAGAGCAAAACUCUUGUGUUAAGAGACUCACACUACAAAACUAUCUUUGCAACAGCAAGCAUAGCUAAUCUUAAAAAUAAUUUUUAAAAAACUCAAAAUAUGAAUAUAUUAAUCUAAAAGUUUAUUUUGAAAUGGUUAAAAAUAUUUCUACUUGUAAUCUCAGAAUUCAGAAUUAAACUUUUAUAACUU